AAAGCACCGGCAAAAACAAAGCUUUUUAGGGUUUGUUCAUUUCUUUCUCGCCCGUCCUCAAUUAGGGGUUCUCGAAUUCAAAUUGAUUCAGUUAAGCUGGGAACGUGGGCGUUUGAACCCAGGGCUACCGUCCGGCCCGCUGAAGGCGACGUCCGCAAUGCUGGAGGGACGGAUUGUCGCGUUUGCGUUGCGGCUGGGGACCUUUUGUUCAGGCUGGCGGGAGGUCGCGAUGGUGCACCGUUCGUUGGACAGAUCGAUGGUUUCAGCCACGAAAGCGAGCACGACCUGGCCGUAAUGGUGACCGAUUUCCUGGAGAACGGGAGCAGUGGUGCAGAUUCGAGAUGCAGCAGCGACAGCGAUUCUGGUUUCUCUGAUCUUGCCCAUCUUGCCGAGAGGAUUUCGCUCUAUCGGCACAAAGUGGAUCAGUAUGAGAGUGACCUGUUGUCUACAGUUCAUUCCAUUCUACUUUCCAUCAAUGAAACAGAUCUUCACACUGUCAAGUCAAGCCCAUGUAAUGCUAGCUGUAUCAGGUUUUCUUUGGCAAAGCUCCUGAGAUCCUAUGGUUAUGAUGCUGCUGUAUGUGUAUCCAAGUGGCAAGGUUCUGGAAAGGUCCCUGGAGGUGAUCAUGAAUAUAUUGAUGUGGUCAUUCAUCGUGAUACUGGGAACUCUGAACGCUUGAUUAUCGAUAUUGAUUUCCGAAGCCACUUCGAAAUUGCAAGGGCAGUUGAAUCUUACAGUGCAGUAUUGAAAUCAAUUCCGGUGGUUUACCUAGGUUCCUUGUCAAAGUUGAGACAAUUCCUUCAAGUUAUGGUGGAAGCUGCAAGGUCUUCUCUCAAGCAAAAUUCAAUGCCUCUUCCUCCGUGGAGGUCUUUUGCUUAUUUGCAAGCCAAGUGGCAUUCUGCUUACCAGAGAAAGCUGAAUCCAGACGAACAGGGUAUCCAUGACAGAAGCUAUUCUGAUCAUAAGCAGUGCAUAGGACAUUUGAGGAGGCUUAAAUCUUCUCUCCAAUCUGAAAUUGAAGCAGAAAGAUUAUUGAAGCCCAUAAACAACGACAGUCAUCGUAGAGUGAAAAUAGAGAGGCGGAGGCACCCAUUCAGAACCCUAUGAAGAUGUACAGAUUUUGGCGGGAAAAACAAUUUUUGAAGAGGCUGCUUUUCAAAAAGAAUGAGGGAGAAAAAUAAAAAAAUAUAAUAAAUAAUAAAUAAAUAGAGAGAGAGAGAGAGAACCAUUUGGAUAUGAAAUAAGCCAGAUUAAGUUGGAUGUAUUCAUACAGUAAACAUGAGUAACAAUAACACGCCAUAUUUUUGGUGAAGUUUUCAUCUUAUCGUUCCUGAGUUUGUAAUUUCUCUUCCCUUCUCUUGAUCUUGGGCACCAGCAGAGAGCGGGGAGACGGCAACUCUUGGGCGUUACCGAGUAUGUCAAAAGUCAAUUUACGAGUGGGGACUAGGUGGUACAUUUGCUUGACCUUGAUACAUCGUUCUAUAGAUUCUAUUUGUUCUUUAUGUUAUAAUUUUGAGCGACUUUCCUAGCCUCUUAUUUUACGGGCAUAGGAAAUUUUGGUUUUAUCUCAAAUGUUUUUUUUUUUUCCUAGUAAAGUACAAGUCAACAAGUUAAAUACCCUUUACAGCUGCAAUUUAAAGGCUGGUUGUUUGAUGCCAUUGUUAUUCUGUUCAAUCAAUAAUAUUAUAAUCAUUUCUGGGUUUGUAAUA